GACGAGAGACCGAAAUACUCGGCGAUUGUCGUACGGAUGGGUGAAAACGAUGUUGACGUUCAGUUGUAUAAGUAUGCCUUCAAUGUCUGAAGUAAUUUGAUUCUCCAGGCUCUUCGUCUUCAUCCAAUCCUUCUCCUUACAACACUCUUUCAGUCAUUUUCAUUAUCAACAGUUCCUUGAACACUCCUUUACUUCAUCCGUAAACAUGCCUUCAUCCAAGCUUCUCGCUACGCUUCUCACUCUGGCACCUGCCAUCAACGCCGCCAUCCCUCAAGUUCCAGGCUUCAAUAUAACUUGGAGUGAUGAUUUUGUCGGAACUGCGAAGAGUCUGCCAAAUCCAGCAAAUUGGCUAGUCACAACUGGUACCUCCUACCCAGGCGGUGCUCCUCAGUUCGGAACAGGCGAAAUCCAAACAUACACCAGCUCACCCAACAACCUUGCCCUUUCCGGAAAUGGCACACUAUCUAUCACUCCCCUCCGCGACGCAGCAGGUGCCUGGACAUCAGCCCGUAUCGAGACCCAACGUACAGACUUUCAAGCAGUCGAGGGAGGCAAGAUGCGCAUCCAAGGCAGCGUCGCCAUGCCCGACAUCACUGGCACAGAGGCGAUAGGCUACUGGCCCGCAUUCUGGACGCUCGGCGAUCAAUUCCGUGGAGUGUUCACCAACUGGCCUAUUGUUGGCGAGUUUGAUAUCAUGGAGAACGUCAACGGGUUGAACAAUGUUGCUGGCACUCUACACUGCGAUGUCAAUCCCGGCGGAGUAUGCGACGAAACCAACGGCAUCUCUUCUAAAUCGCCAUGCGGCAGCGGCGCCCCCUGCCAGGGAAACUUCCACACAUUCGCCGUUGUGGUCGAUAGAAGUGUCAGUCCUGAGACGCUCAGCUGGGAGGUCGACGGAACUACUUAUCAGACUGUGACAGAGACUCAGUUGGGAAGUGAGCUUUGGGCUACUACGGUGCACCACGGCCACUUCAUUCUACUGAAUUUGGCGAUUGGUGGAUCUUUCCCGAACAAUGUUCAGGGAAGCACGACACCGAUCGAGGCGACUAGACCAGGGGUUCCAAUGAGAGUCGAGUAUGUGGCUGUUUAUAACAGUAUUUGA